GCUUGAUCUCGCAAGCUUUGUCCUGAAUGAACGACGCAUUUUGACUUGACCAGCUGAAAUUUUAUUUCUUGUAGUGCCGUUCAUAUCACUGAUGGAUGUGCAGUCUUAUCUGUCCUGGAUGCGACCACCAACCCUCUUGAACCACGCUCUGCUUUGCCUCCGGUGCACAACGUUCCUCUUGUGUGAUGGAAUGGUGAAUACCUCCGAAUGACACAAAUCAACACUGAUGUGUACCUUUCGACGUGUGCCUGGAAUUGUCUAGUGAUGCACACACCCCAUUGCACACUUCGUAAUGGCGGCCGAAGGUAAUCAGCUAAGCUCGUCAUUUUCGUUCCAAAUGGAUUGGGAAGGCGAUGGUGCUUUUCUGCCAGGAGGGUGAAAAACCUGCUUCAUGCGAAAAAUGUUGCACAUCCUUUGUUGUUAUACGUGUUAGAUGGCAUUCUGUGCUACAGUUGGUUAAAAAUGUUGCCGAAUGUGUCCUCAACAUCACAUGAUGGUCUCACUCGCCAACAGCCUUGUUGAGGAACUGACUUUUGAUGUGGUGUGAAAGACAAAUAUUGCCUACUCAUUAUGCCCUUUAUUGUGCAGUUAUCAGUUCCAUUUCGCUCUACAGUUAUGCUGGAUGCAUGGAGUCCAGCAAUGAAUCCGACGAGUGAAAGUGUGAUGGCGGUACGCAAAGGAGAGAAACUACUGUAUUAUCCUUCCCCACUUCCUUUCCAGCUGCUCAAUGGUUGAUUUGUUAACGAAUAGUAAUGAUCGCCUCAAAGUCAUCCUUGACUUUUUGCAGUGGUCCACUGAAGCGCUAACUAAAUCACAUCCAAUGAAUCAAUGCCGAUUUAAUAAGGACCACUGGAUCCCUGUGGAGCGUACUGAAGAUCAUGAGAAGUACUGCUCUUUGCGGAGCCUGGGUUACACAAAAGAUGAGAUCUCCAGUAUGCCCGCCACUGUCUCAUGCGUCGGAGUUGACGAGCGUUCAAACUCUAGCACCUCCCCACUGAUUACGUGGGAUCUCGACCUUGAUGCCUUCUCUACUUCAAAACAAAAGAAGAUGCGUAUACUGAAAUACCGUGUGGAACAAGAUUCGACAAAUAUUGAAACUUUGGCAAUCGUCCGUGAUUUGAAGAGACGCCGACAGAGCUAUCGUGGCAUUCACACUGCUCGCCGCUCUUACACAGAAAUUCUGCGUGAGAUUAUUAAGCAACAGACGGAACUCCUUCAAGCAGCCCACGAAAAACAACGUGAGGAGCGGCUUGCCACCGAAAAGUCCAAUCGGGGACCCUGUGUCGAUCGAGCGAAUAUGGAUUCCGCUUCAUGUGAAUGGCGGCCAUCGGCGAGCCACCAGCACCACCAUCGUUCCAACCGUAAUCAUUUGUCUUCCUCGCAAUCGCCAUCUUCUAGAAGCCAUCCACACGACUCAUUUCACCACCGCACCCUCGACCACCGGGAUCGAGACCGCUCCCAUGAUGCGCGAAAAUCGAACGAUUCCAAGAAGCACCAUAAGCAUCACAAGUUGGAGCGCAAACGACGCAGUCGGUCUUGAUUUCACGGGAAACGUACGCUUUAGAACUCUGCAUCUACCCGAUCGCGCACCUAACCACAGUGGUGCCUUUCUUUUUCAUCUUCGAUGGCUCUCUCCAUAGAUGGAACAGUGCUUGCCGCAGGAAACUCUUUGUGACACUUGCUUCUUUGCUCCAUAUUAUACACAUGUUUGAGCCA